AUUCUUUUUGUUUACUACACAUCGAUAUUUAUUGAUCAAGUGAAAAGUCGAGUUUCUGUCAAAAAAUGGCAAUUGUGAUGUUGUUAGCUGGCGGAGUGGGUAUAAUUCAAUUUUCAUUUAUUAUCAGCACAAUCCAGAAAGCUUUUCCAGGUCUAGCAAAGCACAAAGCAUUUCGACAAACCAUCCGAUUCAUUCUUGUCAGUCCCAUUAUCCUAACGGUCCUAUCAGCUAUUGGGCUAUUUUUCCUAAUAUUUCUGCCAGUUAAAGUUGACAAACCGUACACAUCUAGAGAAGGGAUUAUUUUAAUCGCUUCAGCUUGCUACCUCUGGUUAAAUGUCGCGUUCAAUUAUUUCGCGGCGAUGCUUAAGUCUCCUGGAUACCCUUCAACGGCGUCCGAAAUGGAGGAAAACGGUUUCAAAAUGGACGAAGGAAGCGUCCUUUGUUGUAAAUGCGAUCGAAUGAAAUCAAUUGACACCCACCACUGUACCACGUGCGGAACAUGCGUUACCAUGAUGUGUCAUCACUGUCCAUUUACAAGCAACUGUGUUGGCCUCAAGAAUUAUUCAUAUUUUUUCCUAUUUAUCUGUUAUAGUAACGUUGGUUUACUAUUUGCAAUGUACAUGACAUAUGAACCAUUUUACCAAUGUAUGGUACCUACGAGAGAUCGCUUGGACACCCUGUCAUGGUACCAUAAUGGUGUUUGCAAAAAGCUUGGUGACUUUGCCAUCUUGUUUAUUCCUGUCGUAUUCAUGGCAAUGUUUUGUGGUUCAAUGUUCCUGUUGCAGUCUUUGCUUCUGGCAACAAAUUGCUCAACUAUUGAACUUCUCACCAAAAUGCAGAGAUCUCGAAAUCUCACAGAUUUCCUACAGUUCAUCAUUAAGCGAAUUUUUAAAAGCAAAAAAAGUCGAUUUCAAGUCAUGUUCUGGCAUUCACGUGAACAUUGGUGGCAGUUCCUCGUUCCAGCUUUUGUACCAGUACAACAUGGGGAAACACUAAAUCUUGUUGUUUGA